GCCUACUAGAGUCAAAGCAGAGGUGAAAGGCCUGCAGAGCCAGGACAUCAUAGCUGUGUUCCUGACCACUCUAUUUCUCCAGCUGGUGAGAUCCCAAGGCACAGAUCCCUCAAAAAUGAGCGAGGAGAGAGUGACAUACGUGAACCUGAAAUUACCCUAUUCGAGGAAACAGAAGGGUGAAAGAUGUCCAAUGAAUAGAAGGAGAGAAUUUCCAUGGCAUAUUGUUGCAUUAUCCCUGGGAGUUAUAUGUGUUAUCUUCCUGCUGACAAUCACAGGCUUAAUAAAUAUGCUUUUUCAGAGGUGUUCUGGAAACACAAUGCAAGAUAUGAAAGACAUAAAAGACAAAAAUGCUUCCUUUGCAGAAGUUGAAGGUCACUUAAUUUUACCAUCUAUUACAGAUAAAGACUAUAUCAGUCUUGAAGAAAAAAUGUCCUGCUGUGGAAGAAGCUGUUACUAUUUUUCAAAGGAAGAGAAGACUUGGGAGAGGAGUAAGGAGUCAUGCCAAAACAUGCGUUCUAGUCUCUUUAGGAUUGAUAAUAAAGAGGAGCAGAACUUCAUUCAAUCAAAAAUAAAAUACAAUUAUUGGAUUGGAUUAUAUAAAGUAGGAGCUAAGCAUCCCUGGAAGUGGCUGGAUGACACACUCUUAUCUCAGAUGGUGCAUCUCCAACAGAGUUUACCAGAUAUAAAAUGUGGAUUCCUCAACUCAUCAAAUAUUUUUAGUGCUGAUUGUAGUAAACGCUUUCGUUACAUUUGUGAAAAGGAGUUCACUGGCCAUGAUAAUUAAAAGAAUUAUUGUCAAAAAAAAUAAAAGAAUUAUUGUCAUCAAAGUUUUAAUAUUUUCAUUCUUUAAUAGGUAUUAGGAAAAAGCUCAGGGUAUUGAGUCAAAUUAGUCAACUAUGCUUGGUUUACAAAGGAUUAUGAUCUUUCAAACCACAUUCAGCAAGCAUAAAAAAUAAAUUUUAUAAAUAGUAAAUUAUACAUCCAAAAAAUGAACAUAUUGUUUUGGAAGUUCAAGAACCAAUCCAUC